UUUCACUUUUCACAUAGCACUGCAAUCCCGGAAGUGCGAAGUAAGACCAAGUAACUUCCAGACUGUUGUAAUUCGCUGAUUCACGGGUAUGGCAGCUAAACAAGAACAAGAGCUGAGUUUAUUUGAGUUGGCCAGUGCCAAAUUAUCCGAUGCACAGAAGCUUUUGGCAGAAGCUCGAGAAUUACUUAAGCAAGACCUCAACAAUGCAAGACAAGAAAAGUCAGCCAUCGAAGAAAUCACAAAAACAUUGAAUGCAGUACACUUCGCUAGCACGAUCAAGUUGAACGUUGGCGGGAAGAUUUAUGAAACAACACUGGACACUCUGAGAAAGGAUCCGGAUUCCAUGCUGUGUGCGAUGUUUUCUGGAAGGUUUGAGUUAAAAGCGAAUGAGCGAGAUGGAGCAUAUUUUAUCGACCGCGAUGGCAAACUCUUCCGGUACAUUUUGAACUACCUUCGCAAUGGUGACCUUCUUUGUCCAGAGGACAGAACAGUUCGAAAAGAACUGCUUGCAGAGGCUACGUUUUACCAAGUUCAAGGUAUUAUUAAUCAUUUGAAGGAGAAGAUGUCGGCAUUUGAGUGCUCCUCGAUAAUAGAGACUGAAAAUCACCACUCAGCUCUCAUAUCUUGGCUUCCUCCAUACGCUACCUGUUCUCUGUUGUUCCGAGCUUCUGAUGAUGGAAAAACACCUGUCGACUUUCAUCGUUGCUGUGAUAACAAAGGUCCUACUCUUGUGCUGAUAAAAAGUGAAGAAUACAUCUUUGGUGGUUACACAGUACAAUCCUGGGACUCAGGUAGCUCCACCAAAGCUAUACCAGACAGCCAAUCUUUUCUGUUCACACUGGUUAAUCCUUCUGGAAAUGAACCAGUCAAGAUGGCUCCAAAACCAGGUGCAAGUAUACUGUGUAAUAGCAAUUUGGGGCCAACCCUUGGCACGACUCAGUACUACGACCUUCUAGUGUGGAGUGUGAGCAGCACUAAUGAUAGUGUUUCAAGUCAUCUUGAUCUAGGGCAUGGCUUUGUGUGUCCUGAUAGUAUUAAUAAGAAUUCUUAUUUCACAGGCAGAAACCCAUUUGAAAUCAGUGAGCUGGAAGUAUUUCAAGUUAACUUGUAGAAUCAGUCUAAUCUUGCUUUUGUUGAAUAACAAAAUUUCUCUCUGCCAUAUAAUUGUAAUAAUUUAUUGGAGUAUAAUGUAUUAGACAAAAAGAACUAAUAGGACUGAUUUUGCAAAUAGACGAUAUCCAUAUUCUCAGUAUUGGACUGGAACUAGCUUGCAACGGAGGCUCAUGAGGGGAAUAUCCUUGAAAGAGAUUAAUGUCAUUUGCAUUUGAAGAGACUCCCCACUUUAGCCUCAUCAGUUGCAAGCUAAAUCCAGUGCAAUACUGAGAAUACAAUUAUGGUCUUUAGAAUGCAGGUACUAGUUCACGAAAUGAUGUGUUUGCAACAUUGAACAUGCAUGAAAAUUACUGAAGAGGAUCAAAUGCACGAGUGAAACUUAUAGGCUUUUAGAGUGCGCAAUAAGGGCUGUAGUUGGGGUACCAAGACCUCCACAUGUAUUAUGCACACCCAUAGUGCCAAUUACAUAAAUGAUAACAAAAAGUGUCUGAGGGUCAGAACUCAAAACAUUACGCUUCAAGAGAAUAUUGAUUAGAUUUUGGUCUUAUAAACAGUUUCUUUUCCACUGCUUAACAAUUAGACUAACUGAGCCCAAUUUUUUUUUUUUUUUUUUAUGAGUGAAUAGACAACAUAGUCAACAUAGUCAACAUAGUCAACAUAGUCAACAAGGGGUAGCAGAGUUGGCUAUCACUCACAGAAAACUAGGGUUUUAGUAGUCUAAUUGUUUUGGUAGACACUCUAAAAGAUUACAGCACUGAAAACCUAUCAUUCUGUGUAUUUUUAAGCUUAGAAUUAAGAAUGAUAAUUAUUCUUCAGUUUCAAAAGCAAUGUGCUUGUGAUCAUUGUCUAUCAUCAUGAUGGAUUUCCAGUAGAACACAGCUGAGUCAGGAGUGGAUCCAGGUUUUUUCUUAGGAGGGUUGCACCACUAAGGAAUAGCAAUUAACACCAAUAAACCACAUAGUUUUCUUCCAGAAUACUAGUUUAUUAGAAAGCUGCAUGUCAUCUCAGGGGGA